AUGGACUGCACGCCGGAAUUCCAGGAGGCGGUGCUGGGCGCCGCCCGGGCGGCAGGGCUGCCGCCGGACCAGCUCACUCGACUGCGGCAGCGCCAGAUACUGCGCUCCCUGGCUGCCAAAACGGCGUUCACCAAGGCCGCGAUUGAAGUGGCGCACAAUGUGGAUGCGCUGCGGCAGUACCUGCGGGAGCACCAGCGCGAUUACGCGCAGCUGGGGAAGCUGGGGGAGGCUGAGCGGGACCGGGUUGAGGAGGAGGUGGGCGCGUACGUGCGCUCCUGCUCCGCCAACAUCGACAAGCUGCAGCAGAUGCUGGCGGCGGCGCCUCCAGGCGGCUCGCCCGCCCGCCAGCCUCCCAAUGCCGACAUGGUGGCGCACCGGCAGGGCCAGGUGCUCAUCCUUAGCGAGCGCCUGCGCUCCGCGGCGGCGCUCUUCGACCGCCUGCGCAGCCUGCGCUACCAGCAGCUGCAGGCGGCCGAGGCGGCGCGGCUGCGCCGCCUGCCGCAGCACGGCGCCGCCGGCGCCGCCGGCGGGCCCACCACCGGCGAGGUGCACGCGCGGCUGCAGCAGGCAGCCAGCAAAGUGGCGGAGUGGCAGCAGCAGCAGCAGCAAGGCGGGGAGCCCGGUGGCAGCGGCGGGGGCGGCCAGCAGCAGCAGCAGAUACAGCUAGAGAACCAGGCGCUGCAGUUAGAGCUGAUGGGCAUGCACAAUCAGGCAAGCAGCCCGCUGCUGCGCCUGUGGCUGCCGCCGGUGCAGCAUGCGGAGCGCAGCGUGCGCGAGAUUGCCACACUCAACCAGAUGUUCAGCACGGCCAUCAUGCAGCAGGGGGAGCAGAUAGAGAAGCUGUACAGCGAGGCGGUACAAGCCACCCGCCACAUCGACCGCGCCAACGUGCAGCUGGGCAAGGCAAUACGCACCAACCGCGCGGCCAGGAAGUACAUGAUCGCUUUCUUCCUGAUAGCCUCCCUGGGCCUCAUCUUCCUGGAUUGGUUCAACUCCUGA